GGGCAAAUGCAUCGGCCGCAGGACGCAGUCGCGGCUCAGGCGCGGCCUUGGGCGCCGAAGCUGCGCGACUUUUCUCGCCGCUGGAUCGAGUCUUUGAGAGCUCUCUACGGGGAAAACGGUGCUUCCUCGGUGUCCACCAUCCGUAAUCUCAUGGGUAAUUUACAAAGUGAUGGUAAGAAGAAAGGGAAGAAGGUAAGGGAUGUCGCAAAUGUUACAUAUCCGAGCGUCGACAUUCCUGAAUUUGCUGAUAUAGCAAAAAUCGAAGGAAAGAAAAGUUCAAAGAGUUUAGAAGAUGUGGCUAGUUUCGAGAUCGGCAAGAGCGCACACAUAUACAAAUCUUCCAUUGAGAAGUUACAAACUCCAGCUAAGAGACAAGCACCUAAACCACCGAUAGCCAAAUCUGAGGUCGGAAAGACAACGCCCGAUGUAAAAUCAAGUUCGCAAUCUCAACAUCAUGGGGAAUCAUCAGUUACAAAUAUUCCUCAUGAUGUUGAGAACGAGAUGAUCGAUAAAACACCUAGUGGAAUGUCUAGUAUCAUCAAUGGAACAGGCUCAACAUCGAAAGAACCGAGUAUUGGAACUAACACAACGCCAGUGAGCCUAACGAACCCAUCAUCUACGUUGCUGGUCACCGACUCCUGGCGUCUAGCCAACAAAGGUUUGCUAGUAGCCGAGAUAUCUGCACCGCUCAGUCAGGAAUCUUCCAGUGACAGUGUCUUUACCGAUCCAGAGGAAGCUCCGUUACCUGCGGAAACGCAAUGCGCUCCUAUUACUCCGUCUUCGACGGAUACACUGGUUGCUUCUGUCUCAUCACGCGAUGAUCACAGCGAUAAAAGAUCACCAUUUGCUGUCCUAAGGCAUAAGAAGAUUCAAUUACCUCCUACACCCUCGCAACUAAACAUCUCGCAAUCACCAGCCAGUGAUACUAGAAAGACACCACAUAGAAGACAUACCAUGUACGAAACUUCGCCUGAAAGUCAAGUACUUAGAAGAGUAGCAAAUUUGGUUUUGGAUCGUGCUAGUCUUGAUUCUAAAAUCAACGAAAAUGCAAAAGUUAUACCACGCAAGCUCGAUUACGGUCUUUAUAGUAAAUUCGAAGGAUUACGUUUGAUAGAAGUAUUGACGUCGGAGUUACCAGAACAUUUAAAAUCUCAACUGACAGAUGCGGAACGUGAAAAACUUGAUUUGGCUUUUUAUUCUCGUUUAGUAUCAACCGGUCUUCUUCGAUCAUUUUCAGAUAAAGAUAGCACAAGUAAUAUUUCACAUACGGUAUCUUCUGGUAAUCAUCGAAAUCAACACGAUACAUUGUCCCCUACCGAAACUUUGAAACGAUUUAAAACAAACGAGGAUAUUGAAAGAUUGGAAAAGGAAUUGAUCGAUCUGAGGAACGAGAUUGAAAGAUUAAGAAAACAAAAUAAGGAUGUAUCUACGAUGGCACAGGACAAGUGUGUUCAAACAUCUCCAAAAAGUGUAUCGCCGACCGGUACAAGUGCAAGUUCGCCUUCAUCGAACGAUUACAAAAGUGCAUCAGCAGCGACGAGUGUUAGCGAUGGAGAGAGAGUCACGGUAAUCUCUCUCGACAGUUCACCCGUUUUGCCUAACAAAUCUGUCGUCUCUAGCCAAUCGAAAGAAUCUAAAGAAGAACCUGAAAUAACUAAUCUACGAAUGUUAUUGAAAGACGAGAGAUCGAAGAUCCAAAUUUCUACUCAAAAUUCACUUUCACCGGAUAACGAAGAUACUAAAAAUCAGGAGAGUAAUUUAUCUCAUACAGUAAACGGAGAAAUCGUAAGUGAAACAUCUGAAAGAAAAACGUCUGUUAAAACAGAAAUAAUUGAGUUAUCCAAAACCGUCGAGGGUGUCGAAAAAACGGCCUUAGUGAAUGGAAAAGUGCAAAAAGAUACAUCACAGACCUGCUCUCCCCCACCAGCUCCACCUCCUCCUCCUCCGCCUCCUCCUCCUCCUCCACUACUACUACCACCUCCUCCGUUACUUUCGAUAGUAACGGAAUCUAAUAUUAAUUCUCAAUCGAAACAAGUUCCGGCGUUAUUAGCUACGUGUAUCUCACCACCAUUACCAUCUCCACCAUCCUCGUUAGAUUUACAAACUUUGUGUAUACCUCCACCUCCUCCUAUGCCAAGUACUACACAAGUACAAUUUUCACAACCACCACCUGCACCACCUCCAAUGUCAGGAUUGAUAGGACAAAGUUCUGUAUCUUCACCACCACCGCCACCACCACCACCACCUAUGCCUGCAAUUAGUGGACCUCCACCUCCUCCACCACCACCACCAAUGCCUGGAAUAAUUGGAUCACAACCUCCUCCACCACCACCAAUACCAGGAAUGUCAAGGCCAUCGCCACCUCCUCCUCCACCAAUGCCAGGCAUGACUGGACUACCACCGCCACCACCACCAAUGCCAGGCAUGACUGGACCACCACCACCACCACCAAUGCCAGGCAUGACUGGACCACCACCACCACCACCAAUGCCAGGAACAUCUGGACCACCACCACCACCAAUGCCAGGAACAUCUGGACCUCCAGCACCACCAAUGCCAGGAAUAACUGGACCACCACCACCACCAAUGCCAGGUAUGACUGGACCACCGCCACCUCCUCUAUUUUCUACCUCGAUCACGGGAGCAGGUCCUGGCUCAAAUGCAUCAGGACCACCGCCACCUCCACCACCAUUCGCUUCUACUCCAACUCCUUUACCUGCUCCUCCUAUUGGAGGCUGGAAUCCUCCCAGCAGAUCGACAUUGAGAAAACAACCUUUAAAUCCUGUAGUGCCAAUGAAGCCACUCUACUGGACGAGGAUCUUAGCACCGAUGGCUGCUUCCAGUAUAGGAGAGUCUAUGACGUCUUUUUGGGCGGAAUUAGAAGAAGAAAAAGACCUCGAUAUCACAGAAUUUACAAAUUUAUUUUCACGCCAAGUCACUGAACGGAAACUUGCAAGAAAAGGAGAGGAUGUGGCUAAACCAUCGAAAGUGCAGCCAGCUAAGAUACUCGACUCAAAACGAUCGAAAACUGUUGGCAUUUUGGAAAAAAGUUUACACGUAGAUUUCACUGAAGUUGAAAAUGCUGUUUAUAAUCUGGAUACAAGUGUGAUCAGUCUCGAAGCACUACAACAAAUUUACGAAGUUAGAGCUACACAAAAAGAAUUAGACGAAAUAGUUGCUCACGAAGAAACUAAUUCAGAAGUUCCAUUGGAUCGUCCAGAGAUUUUUUUAAAACGAUUAGCAGGAAUAGAUCACUUCAGUGAAAGAAUGGCUUGUUUGGUGUUCCAAUCCGAAUUUCAAGAUGCUAUUUCAUCCGUUUCGAGCAAAUUGACGAAUUUAAAGACGAUUUGUGAUUACUUGAACAAUUCUAAUUCAUUGAAGAAGGUGAUGGCACUUAUAUUAACUUUAGGAAAUUAUAUGAACGGUGGUAAUAUGAUGAGAGGACAGGCGGAUGGCUUUCAUUUGGAAAUUCUUGACAAAUUGAAGGAUGUUAAAUCUAAAGUACCGGGUAUUACUUUACUACAUUACAUCGUAAAAGCACGAUUAGCUCAGGAAAAGGAUUGUAAUUUUGAUGAACCAUUACCUUUGCCUGUACCUGAGCCAGCUGAUAUCAAAGCAGCUUCGACGAUAAACUUUGAAGAUAUUACGAAGGAACUUCAAAGGCUGGACGAUCAACUGAAAGCUUGCAAAACAAAAUACGAAGCUGUGAUCGAAUCUAAUCCGCCUAAUGCUCGGGUAUUUAAAGAAAAUAUGAACGCUUUCUUUACCAGUGCUACGACGGAAUUAGAAAACGAAAAUAAAGCAUUAGUCGAGGCCAAAAAGAAAUUUAAAAUUGUUAUGCAAUUUUAUCAAUUCAUACCUAAGGGUGCAACUUUGGACACAGCUGAUCCUAAUCAAUUCUUUUCACUGUGGUUAAAUUUCUGUCAUGAUUUCAAGGAUAUAUGGAAGAAGGAACAGCAACGUCUAAGAAAAGAAAAAAUGGAACAAGAGAUUUGGAAGAGACUUGAAAGUAAGAGAAAUGUUCAAAGAAAAAAAUUAGAUCCUCAUGGAUUAAAAGCUAGGAUAUUAAAAAAAGAAAAACUUUCUAAGAAGUAUGACGCGUGAUAAUUUCAAUUAGAUAAAAGGAAAUGAAUUAAAUCGAUAUGAAAUAUCGGGUAGAAAAUUAAAAAAAAGAAAAACGAAUCAUAAGAGAAUAUUGAAAAUUAAAUAAUAAAUUAAAUCACAGAUAUAGUCGUAUAAAUAUAAUUUCAAUUAUGGCUCAAAAACAAUUCAUUUUGAAUGAAAUCGAUACUUUCUAUUUUUGUUGAAUAAUGUUAUAUUUAUAAUCUAUCUAUUAUUUUCCUUUUUUUUUUGUAUAAUCGUUUUGUCAAACAUAUUCCUAUUUCUUUAUUUAAAUUAUUUAUAUUUUGUCUUGAUUAAGCAUGUUACAUAUUUAUAUUUUUGUAUCUCAACUAUUUAUUAAUAUUAUUUUUUUAUAAUUAUGAUAAAAUAUGGGUUCCGAUCAGUAUUCUCGUUGGAUUAAUUAAUUAAAUAAAUAUAUAAACUUUGUUAAAAAUUUGUAUAUAUAUAUAUAAAAAAAAAACAAAAAAGAAAAAAAAGAAAAUAAAAAUAAAAAGUCGCAUCGGUAAAAUAUCCGUCCCGAUCUUGCGCUAUAGAACGCUAUAGAUCUUUACUGCGUCUCUUCAACGAUAAAUAACACAAUUAUCUGGUUAUUGAUUUAAUCGUUGUUAAUCAUAAUCCCAACGAUUUAUUAUAUGUUAAUCCGCACAUAGAGCUCACGCCUAAACACCGUGUUAAGUUUUUCUUACGAAUUUUAUAUAAACUGUUUAUUGUAGAGAGAAAUAUUGAUAAAAAAUGUUUAAUAAAAAAAACUUUGUAUAUUUAUAUGCGCCGAUAAAAA